GCCAAAGGCGCUUUUGAGAGCAGAAAACGGACAAUAGUAGAAUAGUAACAAAAGUAAUCAACACUGACACGUAAUACAAAAGUUAUACAACUAGUAAAAUAUAAAUGACACGUUUAAAUAAAUUUAUUCUGACAAUAUAACGAAGGAUAAAAUAUCAAUAGACGGAAUAGGAAUGUUUGUGCUGCAAAAGAAGAUAAAUAAUAUCGAACUCGUUUUCUUUUUCUGAGAGCUGGUCGCGUGUUGGGCCGCAGCGCGUCCCCUGCAGGCGGCAUUCCUCACAUACGCGCGUGCAUGUGUCCGCCGCUGCCGGUGUCUGCGCAGCUCCGAGCGGAUAAAUACAGACUAAAGAUGGCGACGGUGCUGGAUUCACGGGACAAAUCGGGAUCCAAAACUUCCCUUCAGAACACGAAGUCCAGCGACCCUGUCACGCACUGAGAUCCGCGGAAAACCCGCCGCACCGAGCAGAGGUUCGGUUGUGAUUGAGUGCGUCACCGACGACGCUUUUUCAGACUUACUUUCGCUUCCAGCAGUAAAUAAAGACGCAUCUGGGCUCAGCUCAUCCGAACCGACACCGAAUCCCGCUGAUAUGAUCCCGAUUUUGGGUUCUGUCGCACGGAGUCUGUCCCUUCCGGUGUCGCCGUGAUUUGGCUCGGAUCCGUAUCGUGAUGUACUUUCUGAGCGGUUGGCCGCGGAGGCUCCUCUGCCCCCUCCGGAGCGCCGAGCGGCCCUUCCUGAUCGAGCCCAGCUCGCAACGCUUCUACCUGUGCGUGCUGUCCGACACUCAGAUCAGCAUCUGGUUCAGCAGGCCCAGCGUGCUGAUCGUCAGUUAUAUAGAAUCUGGGAAGGCGGCUGAACAGUUCGGCUCUUAUCAGCAGGCUGAAUGGAAGCCGGACGACUCCAUGAUCGCCGUAUCGGCUGCGAAUGGUUACGUUCUGUUAUUCGACAUCAUUGGAGCUUUGGAUGAGAAGUGUCUGUAUGAGCCCGUCUAUCCAAAGGGCAGCGCUCGUGUUAAGGUGACUCCGGGUUAUAAAGAGGAACAGUGUGCUCCGGCUCUGACCCUGGAGAUGAAGAGACCUGUGGAUCUGGAGGCUCCAAUCAGCUGUCUGCAGUCGAUGCAGGAGGAUCUGUUAGUGGCCACAGCAGACGGAUAUCUUCACAUGCUGCACUGGGACAGUGUUUCCAACGGCCGGCGAUCCGUCAACCUGUGUACUGUACCCUUCUCUCUCGACCUGCAGUCCUCCAGAGGAGGGCCGUGUUUGGAUCUAGACGGCGUUCACAUUCGGGAUAUGGAAUAUUGUGUAACGCUGGAUGGAUUUGCUGUUGUGUUUGAUGACGGGAGGAUUGGAUUCAUCACACCCACAGCCAACAGAUUCUCUACAGAUCAGUUGCAGGGUGUUUGGGCUGCAGACGUCUCUGAUGGAACCUGUGUCGCUGUCAACAAUAAAUACAGACUCAUGGCCUUCGGCUGUUCCAGUGGUUCUGUGCUGGUGUACAUGAUUGACAGCUCGACUGGAUCAAUGCAGCUCUCUCAUAAACUGGAGUUAAGCCCGAAACAUUAUCCUGAUAUCUGGAAUAAAACGGGCCCUGUCAAGAUGAUCCGCUGGGCUCCGGACUGCAGUGUUGUCAUGGUGACGUGGAACUGUGGUGGUCUGUCUCUCUGGAGUGUGUUUGGGGCUCAUCUCAUCUGUACACUCGGAGAGGACUUUGCUUAUCGCUCAGACGGUACGAAGAAAGAGCCUCUGAAGAUCUGCUCCAUGAGCUGGGGUGUGGAGGGUUAUCAUCUGUGGGUGAUCAGCAGCAGCGAGGCGGCCGGCAGUCCGGAUGGAGAACAGCUCCAGCAGGCCGGAAUUCUGCAGUUUCAGUUCAUUAAGAGCGCACUGACGGUCAACCCCUGCACAAGUAAUCAGGAGCAGGUUCUUCUUCACGGUGAGGAUCGCUUGUAUUUGACGUGUGGUGACCCGACUCAAGGUCACAGCAGUGGUGAUAAAACCUCUCAGAGGGACGGUGGGAGUCCUCUUCAUCGCCCGGCCGCGCCCGCCUGUCUCUCUCAGGGUCUCAGUACAUUACUGGGACACAAACACUGGCAGGUGGUUCAGAUUCACAGCACAUAUUUGGAGUCGAACUGGCCCAUCCGGUUUGCAGCUAUAGACUGGUCUGGUCAGUGUGUGACUGUAGCGGGUCGACGUGGGUUUGCACAUUAUUCCUUAUACAGCAGAAAAUGGAAACUGUUUGGAAAUGUGACGCAGGAGCAGAAUAUGACGGUCACCGGAGGUCUGGCGUGGUGGAAAGACUUCAUUGUUGUUGCCUGUUACAAUUACAUAGAUCAGCAGGAAGAGCUGCGGUUGUACUCGAAGUCAUCAAACCUGGACAAUGCGUUCGCCAGCGUCACUAAAUUUCACGCUGAUACGCUGCUGCUCAAUGUGUUUCGUAACGUGGUGAUUGUGUUCAGAGCCGACUGUUCCAUUGGUCUCUACAGCAUUGAGAGGAGACAAGACAGUGUGAACCCGUCAGCGAGUGUGGAGCUGUUGCAGGAGGUCUCAAUGUCUCGCUAUAUUCCUCAUCCUGGACUGGUGGUGUCUGUGACUCUGACUUCUGUACGGACUGACACGGGCAUCACACUCAAAGCCCCACAACAGGUGUGUUCGUCUGAGAGUAUUUUAUUGAAUCUGGCGGGUCAGUUGAUCAUGCUUCAGAGAGAUCGGUCCGGGCCGCAGGCGCGAGAUAAAGACGCUCCAGCCAAUCAGGCCAAACUGCCUCCCUUCUGUCCGCCCGUGGUUCUAGCUCAGUGUGUGGAGAACGUCUGGACCACCUGUCGCAACAACCGCAAGAAGCGUCACCUGACGGAGGCUCUGUGGCUGUCCUGCGGCGAGGCGGGGAUGAAGGUGUGGCUUCCUCUCUUCCCCCGGGAUCACCGCAAACCUCACUCCUUUCUGUCCCGCAGGAUCAUGCUGCCCUUCCACAUCAACAUCUACCCGCUCACCGUUCUGUUCGAGGACGCUCUCAUCCUGGGCGCCUCUAACGAAACCAUGCUGUUCGACGGCGCUCACGGCUCCUCCGCCUCCGAGCCGCUGGAGUCUCUCUUCCCGUUCUGUACGGUGGAGCGCACGUCUCAGAUCUACCUCCAUCACAUCCUGCGCCAGCUGCUGGUGAGGAAUCUGGGCGAGCAGGCGCUGAUGUUGGCGCAGUCCUGCGCGUCGCUGCCGUACUUCCCUCACGUCCUGGAGCUCAUGGUCCACGUGGUUCUGGAGGAAGAGGCCACGUCCCGAGAGCCCAUCCCCGACCCGCUGCUGCCCACUGUGGCCAAGUUUGUGACGGAGUUCCCGCUCUUCCUGCAGACCAUCGUCCACUGCGCCCGCAAGACGGAGUACGCCCUGUGGAACUAUCUGUUCGCCGCUGUUGGGAACCCCAAAGAUCUGUUUGAAGAGUGUCUGAUGGUGCAGGACCUGGACACGGCCGCCUCCUAUCUCAUCAUCCUUCAGAACAUGGAGGUUCCAGCCGUGAGCCGUCAACACGCCACUCUUCUCUUCAACACGGCUCUUGAACAGGGUAAAUGGGAUCUCUGUCGUCACAUGAUCCGAUUCCUCAAAGCCAUUGGUUCAGGGGAGAGCGAGACUCCGCCCAGCACGCCGACCCCACAGGAGCCGACCUCCACCGGCGGCUUCGAGUUUUUCCGGAACCGCAGCAUCAGUUUGUCUCAGUCAGCAGAGAGCAUCACUGGAGGAAAGUUCAACCUGCAGAAGACCUUCAGCAUGCCUUCAGGACCCUCCUGUAAAGGGGGAGACCGGUGGUGUAAAGACAGCGACUCAGCAGAGAAUCUCUAUAUUGAUGUGAUGUUGUGGAGACACGCUCGUCGUCUGCUGGAGCAGGUGCGUCUCAGAGAUCUGGGCUGUUUCUCGGCUCAGCUGGGCUUCGAGCUGAUUGGCUGGUUGUGUCGGGAGCGGACGCGGGUGGCAUGCAUCGAUGAUUUCGUCACAGCCCUCAAGUGCCUGCACAAGGACUUCCUGUGGCCGUUUCCUGUUCUCCCAGCAUGCAGCAUUAAUUCACCGCUGAAGAACGGACGCUUUCGUCCAGUGUUGAGUUCACGUUUGCUGAAGUCGCAGUCAGCUGACAGUUUGUUGAACAGUGACAUGGACACCACGCCCCCUCAGGUCAGCACAGCCAAUCACACCUGGCUGGAUGGUCUGGGGGCAGCGAGAAAGGAACUGGACUCCGCCUCCUCUCAGGGAGCACCACAGACACGGGAGGCUUUUCUCUCUCCUCUUAUAAACAAAGGAGAGGAGUGCAGCAUCGGUUCGGCCACAGAUCUGACUGAAACCAGUUCCAUGGUGGACGGUGAUUGGACGAUGGUCGAUGAGAAUUUCUCCACUCUCAGUCUCAGCCAAUCAGAGCUGGAGCACAUCUCGAUGGAGCUGGCCAAUAAAGGGCCUCACAAGUCUCAGGUGCAGCUGAGGUAUCUGAUGCAUGUGUUCAUGGAGGCGGGCUGUUUGGAGUGGUGCGUUGUGAUUGGUCUGAUCUUGCGUGAUGUCAGCGUCAUUAAGCAGGUGGUGGGCUUUCUGGACAGUCCAGAGGUUCCAGAAGAAACAGUGCAGAGCAUCCGAGCGGGUCUGAUGGCUGUCGACCAAUGGGCUUCAUCUGAUUGUCUGGGCUACAAGCCGUUCUUGAACCUCAUUCGUCCUCAGCUGAUGAAGUUGAUGGAGGUUCCUGUGGAGCAGGUGCAGCCGGAAGCGUUCCAGCCCACCGGAGCAUCUAAACUGUCUGAUCCUCCGCUGCUGCUGCCCCGAGCUGAAGACCCCCGCUGUCUGCCCGCUUCCUCUCUUCCUCUGGAGGGACCACCUGGAGUCAACGCUCGACCUCUGGAGGACACACGCGAGGAGCCUGAGGAGGAGGAGACGCUGGAGGAGGGCACGUAUGACUGCACAGUAUCAUGACCCUCGGCAUGAUGGGAAAUCACCUGUGGAUUCAGAGGUGAACUGAUCUGAGAACAGCUCUGUGUGCGCUUGUGUGUGUGUGUGUUGAACUGAGGACAUCUGAUGCUGUUUGAGAGAAAUGAUGAACGUCUGAUCUCAGACGUACACCAGGCUGUGUGUGUGUGUGUGUGUGUGUUGUGAAUUUUUGCUGCUCUAUGACCAUGUUACAAUUGUGUGAGUGUUUACUUUCCAUCCAGACUACAGUGUUCUGUGAAGCGUGUAUGUGUGUAUGCGUGUUGUGUUUUGUUCAUUCUGUGGUCACAUGGAUCCGUGUUUCUUUCUUCACCUCUACAUGAGAGUAACGUGAAGUACACGCACGCACACACACACACACACACACACACGCACACACACGCGCCUGAACGACAGAACUCUGAAUCAUCAUCUGCGCACAACAGCUUUGCACCAAACCCACAGCUGCGCUUUAUGUCAUGUGUUCACAGCUGAACAGAGAGAUUUAUUUAUUAUCAUGUGGUUUAGUUUUAUUCUGUUCUGUGUGACUCUUUCUUUAGGUGUUCUUGAAUUAUGGCUUCAAGUUUUAAUGUCAAUUGUCGUCAUAACCUGAUGUUUUAUUCUAAUACAACACAAACACAAUGAGGUUUAAUCUGUGUAUCAUCUCAUCUUCAUGUUUGAAGGAUGUAUUUUUGCGAGAUGUUUUUAUGAAUGGAUGAAGGAGAGAUCGCUCACACGUGUAACGGCCGAUCCGGUUUCAUAUGAAGUGUGAACACAGUUGAUUCUGAAUCAGAUUUAUUCUCUUCAGCUGCAUCAGUUCAUCAUUUGAAAUGAAUCUUGGGUCCGAAUCCUCCAUCAUAUGACCAUUAAAAGUGAUCUCACACAAAUGUUAGUGUGGUGGUUUUCACCGACGUAUCUCCAUCUUACGUCUACAUGAGUGAGAUCUGUGAAGAUCCACACACACAAACAUACUAAAUAAACCGCUUUCAGGCAUCUCUGAUCAGUGGAUUUUCUUUCUCUUCACACGUGGACUUUUUGUUCCUCUGUUAAUGUGGUUCUGGUGUAUUUCUCUGAUGAUCAGCUGGACACUCUUGGGUUUUUCUUUAGAUUUGAAGACGUUCAUGAGAGAUGAUGAGUGAUGUGCUCACGGUCAGUAUUAUAGUUCAGUGUUUCUCACAUCAGCAGAUCUUCUUCAUGAACUUCACACGGACCAAAUCAUGUGACGCACACACAUGUAUGUAUUAUCAUAGACUCAGAAUGAGGAUGAUGAAGAUUGUUCUGCAGUCGUCUGGGAGUAUUCAGCAGCAGCUUUAAUCAAAUGCUUCUUUUAUCUGAAUGUUUUAUUUCCCCUGAAAUAAUUCACACAAACCAGCUGAGAUCAAGAAACGUCUUCAUUGGUCUUUGAAAACCAUCAGACCAGACCAGAUCUUUCCUUCUGUUUCAGUAUUGGCGUGAUAGAGACAUCCAGAACAAAGCUUGUGUUUCUCUGCUGCUCAUAUGAGGAACACAAGCACAUGCAGGGUUCAUACAAACCAAAGACCUGCACAACACAACAGACCCUCAGACAGUGCGUGUGUGUGUGUGUGUUUUAGCGUUGACGCAGCAUGGUACUAAAUGUGUUAUAAUUCCUCUCGUCUCAUUUAUUUGCGACUGUAAGUCAGACGUCACUAAAGCAGUGACAUUAUCCUUUAGUUUGAUAUUAAAUGUGUUUUAUACUCUAUACACUAUAUCAUUAAUUUUCUUCUGAAGUCAAAUGUUUGGUUGAAGUGACUGUGAUGUAGAAGUUUUCUUCAUCUGUACAGUUUUAAAUCUCUUCAUCAUUUUGUGGCUUUAGAGUUUCUUCUCAAGGCCGUGUACAGAGAGUUUGCUGUACUAUAUACCAUUUCUACUCAUUUUCUAUAUUUUCCUGUACAUAAAAGAACAAUAAAUUAUUUUUUAAACAUCA